UGGCUAUACCGUUGAAAUGUCAAACUCAACUAGCUGACGUGAAAAGAAAUAAAAAAUAAAAAAAAAUUCGAAAGUGCUCACGGUAGAAUUGUGUAAAGUCGUAAAAAAAAUUAUUUUAAAUUUAUUAAAAUCCUUCAAAAUUAAUUCAAUUUAAGCCAAACAAAAGCGAAAAGUUUAUCCCAUACGCAACAAUAUAAUUUAAAAAUAAAAAUGAACUAAAUAAACAAAAAAUCAAAAUCUCUGGAACCCAUAAACAAAACUACAACAAUGUGAACGAACACAACAUGUAAAUUUUUCUAACAUAAUUUUUUCGAUGUGUUCCUUAAUUCCUUAUCCCCCUAAAUAAUAUAAUGAAAUCAAUGAUAUUUUAACGGAAUUAAGUACUCAAAACAUCCUUAAGAAGAAGAAUACAUACAAACAAACAAAAAAAAAGCUCAUCCAACUAAAGCUAAAUAAAACAAAACCAAAACCCUUAAUAUAAAUAUACAUAAAUAUUAUAUAAAUAUAUAAUUUUUCUACUCAUAAACGGUGGUUAUUGGUGGGCAAUUUUUUAAAAAUUGCUUACACCAAACCCUACAACAGCCAAAAAAUUCCGAAAUCUUCAAAUUCUGCUUCAGCGCUACAAAAGCUAAAAGCCAAAGCUACCGGCACCUCGGUCAAACGUAGUAAAAAGUCGACAAAAUCAACGAAACAACAACAACAGCAGCUACUAUUACAGCAGCAGCAACAAUCGACGUUAGCAUUAGCCACAGCUUCAACAUCGAAUCCAUCAUCAUUUCAGCAAAGUGUUGGUGGCUCCUUUCAAGGAGUCAUCGGCGGCAGUGGUGGCACAGAAUUUCUUUCGCAAGGCCACAGUUAUAGUUAUCAGCAACGCGGUGGCGCCUUUAAAAGCGACACUGCAUACAGUGGCGGGGGUGGUGGUGUUGGUGUCGGUGGUGCCGGCAGUGGAGGUGCUAGCACCAGUGACGACAUUGCUGCAAAUUUUUCUAAAACAACCUUUUCACCAAAUUCAACACAAAAAUCUUCAUCAUCCUCAUUUCAUCAUUCAGCGUCAUAUCAACAACAACAGCAGCAACAACCAUACCAUCAGCAGCAGCAACAGCAGCAGCAGCAAUAUAAUCAAAUUAAUAAUCACAACCAUAAUAGUAAUCCUCCACAUACCAAUAGUGCCAACAUUAACAAUUUUACAAACUUCUCAUCUUCGUCCCAACCAGCGAUGAUGAUGAAACAAAAGACAACAUUGGGCGAACGUAUAAACAUUGGCGAUGAGGUGCGUGAGCUAAAAUUGGGAUGUACAUUUAAUACUAAAAAAACAACGAAUGCAUUUCAUACAAUUAAAUAUGAUUUUAAACCUGCAAGUGUGGAUAAAAAUCGUGUUGCUACUGUAGAUGUUGGCUCAAAUAAUCAAGUUACUGUUACUGUGCCAAAUUUAGUUAGUUCCGGUGUGCCUCAUACCAUUUAUAAAGGAAAUCAAAAGAAAUACACAAAAGAAUGUAUACUCAUAUUCGACAAAAGGACUGGUGAAAUUACAUUAGAGAAAUUAAAUCACAAUAUACAAGUAAAGAAGACGCGUGAAAUGACAAACAAACCUAGUGUACCUACACCUGUAGCAAUGCCGCCGGCAGCAGCUCCCCCAGCUGUAUUAGCGCCUUCAGUAGCUGUCUCAGGAGGAAAAUUAGAAAACAGUACAAUGAGAAUAUCUUCCAAAACAAAAGUUUCCACUGGCAAUAGAAGAAAUACAAUAAUUGAAUUAAAGUCUCGCAACUCUCCCAUGCAAGGUUCACCUUCGGCGGGUUUGACUCAUCACAACAAUAAAAGUCCUCAAUCGGCUCCAGCAUGGAAUGCUAAUAAUGGCCAGGCCACUUUACCUAGUAUACCCAUGAUUGAUGAUGAUGAUUCAAUAUUUGGUAUUGGCGGUGGUGGUGGAGGUGCUGGUGCAGGCGGCGGCGUUGUUGGUGGUCUUGCUAAUAUUUCAGCUUCUUCCUCCUCCUCAACAUCCAGUCAUCAUAAUAAUUCAGGACAUGAAUAUGAUUUACCCCAAUUACAAUAUUCAACAGCACCUCCAACGAAACAAUCAAAACAAUCACAUCACAAUAGUAAUAAUCAAAAGCGACACAACAAUCAUCAACGGCAUCAGCAGCAGCAACAACAACAGCAGCUGCAACAACAACAGCAGCAGCAACAACAACAGCAAGCUUCAUCCUUACAAACGCAACAACAACAGGUGCAACAGUGGCAACAACAAUUGCAACAGCAGCAACAACAACAGCAGCAGCAACAACAACAAAAUCAAUAUAAUCGUUACAACACUAAUGGCAAUUCCUCGACUUCCUCAUCGUUAUAUAGUAGUAAUCAUAAUAGUAAUCAUCAUAGCAAUAAUAAUAUACGUAAUAGCAAUCAUCAUAAUAACAACAACAACAAUACCAACAACCACAGUAACAACAACAGCAACAAUAAUCUUAAUCAUCAUCAUAAUGAUCUUGCCUCAUCGCCAACACUGGCCAGUGAAGCAGCAGCUCUUGAACAGAACAUUGCUGCCGACUUAAGUUCAUCGACUUCUAGUUCAGAAUCAGAAUCGAGUGGUAGUGAAAGUGGUUCGGAUUCCGAUGACAGCACAGAAGAUGAUAGACCGUCAAGAGCUGCAAUUAAUCAAAUGAAUCAACUGCCUAGUUUGGGAAUGGCACCAAUAACGACAUCUUCGCCACAGAUGCAAUAUCAACAGCAACAACAACAGCAAAAUAAUCAACAGCAUGUGCAGCAGCAUACAGGAGGAGUAGGAGGUGGUAGUGGUGGUGCUGGUGGAAAUUUUGCAACCAAUGGUGGUUUUCCUAAUGAUUUAUUACAAAAUGAUUUACAAUUAUCAUCAAAUUCGUCCGAUGAUGAUUCCGAUUAGUUUAAAUAUAUAAAUGAAAUAAUAAUUAUUGAAAUAAAACAACCACAACACCACUUACUCUAUAAAUAAUAAAAUAAUUAAAAAUAAUAGUAUAUUUUUGUAAAAAGGAAACCUAAAUAAAAUAUAUAAUAUUAACAAAACUAACAAACAAAAAAUAGUAAUUUAAAAUAAAAACCCCACAAAAGUUGAUAUAUUAAAAGAAAACAACAAACAAAAUUCUUAAGAACACAAAUUAAAAAAAACCAACAAACAAACAAAAACCAUUUAAUAUUAGUUUUUAUGAUUAUUAUCUAAAUAUAUAUAUAUAAAUAAUUAUACAUAUUAAAACUUUCUGUUUUUAAACGAUUUUUAACGAUUUUAUUACAACAAAACAAGAAAACAAUUGCUAUUUAUAUAAAAAUCUUCUGUUUGUUUACUUCCUGUUUUUUUUUUUUUUUUUCUUUAAAUAAUUUUAAUAAUAGUAAUUUUUAUAUUUUAAUUGAAAUAUUUAAAGUUUGAUUCAAAGAUUCUUGCUUCAAAUAUUUUGUAUACAUACGUACUACAUAAAUAAAUAAUGCUCUCCAAAAACCCCUUGGAAACUUUUUUUUUUAAAUAUUUUAAUUUUUGCAAAAGUUUUUAAAUAAAUGGUGUAAUUUUCUUUUAUAAUACAUAAAUAA